AAUCGUUGCAGAUCUGAAUAGUCACGAAAGUCAUCGAGGGUUUGAAGCCAAGAACGGAUAUAUUCCAUAUUUACCCGAUUUCCUUAGUGGCAUUGGAAUGCACAGAACCUAUGUCAGCGGUUUAACUAAAGAUAUUGAUGAAUUAAAAUUACGGCAGUGUGUCGAAGAGACAUUUGGGAAAGUUUUAUGGAUUGAGAUGAUUCAAGAGCGAAAAUGCGCAUUCAUAGAAUUCGCGGAUAAAACUUCUUACGAAUCCGCAAUCGAACAACGCGAAUUUUCGUUGAACG